GAUCAGUCGGACAUGUUAUUGUAGAACACGCACACAAACAUGGAUGAGAGCGCUCAGCGAGUGUUGGAGUAUCUGACAGACGUAGAGGCUGCUGCAGAAGAUGUACUGGCUGACAAACAACAGAUUGUGGAUCUGGAUCUUCGGAGAAACAGGAACCGAGAAGCGCUCAACGCUUUACGAAACUAUCCAGCUAACGACAAAGUAAAGGUGUGCUUUGGAAAUAUGUUCAUCAGAUUCCCUCCAGAAAAUACCAAAUCCAUGAUUCUUAAAGACCAGGAGCAGCUUGACAAGGAAAUAAAUGACCUCCGCACAGGUCUUAAGGGGAAAGUAAAUCGCCUCAAUCAGAUACAAGGUAAACCUGAUCUCAGAGGAUACAACCUUUCCCCUUUGAACAGUAAUGAAAUGAAGGCAAUUAACAGCCUCAUUAAAAAAUGACGUGCACCAGCUCUUCAGAAUACAUACUUUGGAGUGGUGCAGUGGACACUAUCUUGCAGUGUCCCAAUGACUUUGCAGACAUGUCAGCUGGGGGCUGCUUUGUGUUCCUAAGCUUGUAAUGAUGUUGAAAGCGCUCACGGACUGGGCCAUCAUUCAGUGUAUCGUUUUUUUUGUGUUUUCAAUUAAAGGGACAGAAGCAGUGUUAUAAUGGGUUUAAUAACCACAUGUAGCCUUAUAUAAGGUUACAUACACAGGUGCUGUUGUGAAAGACAACCAUACAGAAAGACAUCAUUUUUUGAAAAACCUUUAAGCAGUAGCAUGAAAAAGUAAAAACCAUCAACAUAAUUGUUUUGCAUUGCUUAUUUGGGAUUUAAAUGUUCAUGCUUAAUAUAUAUGUAUAAUUUUGACUUAAGUUAUUUUAAGACGUAAAGAUGUGUAUGUAUUUUGGAUAUAAUUUACAUUGGUUGUUGUGAUGAAAUGGUUCUGUGAUGACAUCAACGUUUCCAUGCUUUGCUAUGGUCCAUCACACAAUGUACAGGAAAAAAUGAAUACAAUGAUAAUACAGUUCAUCUUUUCAAUUUACAAUAUUUGUAUGGCAUUUUACCGAAGAUGCUAUUUUCAAUCUUUGUGGUUAGGUGAACAUAUAUGCAAUUAUUUCAAUGCUCUCUAUGGUUUAAAGUUAUCAGGAAAUAAAGAAAUUACACGUUUACUUCACUUUUUACAAAAAAGAUUUAAUGCAUUUAA